AUGGCCCAGUUGGAAGAGAUGAAAUUCACAUGGAACGUUGAGAACAUAUCUAGCUUUAAAGUCGGUGAGAAUGCUUUCUCCGAACCUUUUGUUCUAGGCGGCUAUCUAUGGAGAAUUGUUCUGUAUCCACGAGGUGACAGAGGAGAGAACUAUGUAUCAAUUUAUUUAGAGGCUGAGCAAAUGCAGACUGCCGAUAACUCAAAUGAAUGGAGCAAUGGAAGGCGCAAUGAAUGGAGCAGAGAUGUGAAAUUUAAUUUUGUUGUUGCUUUCAUUUUGAUUAAAUUGACUUCAAUGACCUUGCCAGAUUUCGACUGUAAGUUUGAUUCAACACAGAAAUCUUGGGGUUUCAAAUCAUCAAUUACUGUAGACGAGUUUCAUAAUCCUGAAAAGGGGUUUAUUUUGGAGGAUGUUUGUAUUGUUGGUGCAGAACUUCAAACUUCUCUUACAACUAGAAGUGAAACAAAUCAUUUGUUAAGUUCAGAAGUUCAUCGUCAACUCCCAAUUCUGAAAACUAUUUCAUCAGUUUCUCCACUAGUUGGUCUUGAACCUACUAAACAUAAUGAUCCAAAGUUGUUCUCACCCUCAAUGGAAGAGAUUAUGGAUUUUAGUAGUGUAGGACAAUUAGAGGAAAUGUAUUCUCAUAACCAUUCACUUAAUGAACCGCCGCUGAAGAGAAGUCGCAAGUUUACUGGUUUGGCAUUUGAGGCAUUGGGGAGAGUUCUUUAUUUCCUAAAGACUAGAAAAGUGAAAGAUAUGAAUGAGCGGGCUAGUAAGGAUCUUCAAGUUUUAUGGGAAGAACUCAAGAAAUUUGGAUUUGAUCUUGCAUGGUUGGAGCCUCAUGUCCAAUCUUUAGGAAUGAGAAGUUAUGUGGAGAAAGCUCUCGAGGUUGAAAAAUUGAAAGGGGAUGUUGCAAAUCAUGAGAUGGAAACGGACAAGUUAAAGGCAAAACUGGCUGCUGCUCAGGGAAAUCUUGACAGAGAAAGAAACUUGUUGAAAGAAAAAGGCUUUGAAGAAAGAGAUUUGGAUUCAGAAUUGGGAUGUGGAAGUUGGAGACCAAAGACCUAA